AUGACCUUGCCAUCCUGGCUGCCCCUGUACCCAAAAGAGACCAACGCCUAUCUCCUCCAGACCCUCCUCCACGUGCACAUCCGCUGGCCGUCCUUCUGUCUGCAUGCGCUGCAAAAAGGCGAAUUGUUCUACGCCUUCGCAAGCGUAGACCACCCCGACACCACCCCAGACCACAUAUCCCAAUUACUCCGCGAAGUGCUGCUCUCCUACCGACUCCUCUUCGGACAGUCCGGCCUGUCCAGAAAGCUGUCCCGUCGCGGCCUCACCCCCUCAAAUAUUCCCCCUUGCGAAAUAGACCCUUUACUUCCUCUACUCUGCACAAAUGCCCAGCUUCCACAUAUCUCGAUUGACAUGCCAUCCGACCGCGAUAUCUACUUCGCCGCCCACGACUUCCCGGUCUACAGCGAGAGAAUCGAACUGAUCGACAAGGAGCCGCGAGACGCGCGAACCAACCAAAACGUCCAAUACUACAAAGUGUCGCGCUUAUCGUGA